GUUUUAGCGCUCCCCAUCGAUUUUAACGCUAUUGUACGUCCAGUCCAAUUUUAACGCCCGAUCCCCUUUAAUGGGAUCAUACACCGUAGUGGGUGAGUUGCCAUAAGCUCGGAACGAGAACCGCUCCUGCCAUCCACACGUCCCGGGUUCGCGGCAACAUGGCUGGCGUGCUCAGGCUGUGCCCCGCGGUCGCUCUGCUGGUCGUUGCGUUCGCUGCGGCUUCCGAGCCAACGGGCUCCGCCAAAAGCCUCCAGGCGCAAGUCGAGAAAAAAUGUUUCCAGAAAGUUGGCAUGACCCCGGAAGAAAUUAGCACCAUAGAAGACGUCACGAAACGGCUCGAUGAAGCAAAGGACACAUCAAAAAAGAAUAAAGAACUCGACUUCCUUGACUACGUGGACUUGUACGCACGCACACCGGAAAUUUCAAAAGGCAUCCGCGACAAGUGGGAGGCGUUUAUGACGUGCAUGGCAGAUGAAGCUGCGGCUCGAGGACAAGAGAUUUUGGGUGUUCAUCGCUGAUACAAGAGGUCCAGUUGCUUUUCCUUGUAAAUAAAUGAAACUGUCUCGACUGUGUAUCAA